ACGAUGAUGCUGAUGAUGACGAAGGCUCUGGACGAUGAGGGGAAGCGCCGCUAUCGGCCGUCCAAGCGGGAGGAGAGUUGCUGGCAGCUGCCCGUGAUGCUGCAGGCGGGAACCGUGGCAAGAGGCAGCAACGACCGCAGGCGCCAGCAGGCCGCCGAGAAGGAGGAGGAGGAGGCGGAGCGAAUCGCGAGGAAGGAGGAGGCUCGCCGCGCGGUGGUGGAGUCGUGGCCUCCGGGAGACGGCGUGUGUGACGUGGAGCUGGUGGUGGUGGACGUGCUGAUGAAGCUGCAAGAGCCAGGCUGCGUGUGUGACGUGGAGCUGGUGGUGGUGGACGUGCUGAUGAAGCUGGAAGAGCCAGGCUGUGACCUCGUCCUGCCGUGCGAGUUGGCGGCCGCCCGCUUCUCGCUGCGCAGAGGCCUCAUCGCCUCCAUACACCACUUCGUCGACAGCGGUCCUAUCCCUUUGGGAUUCAGAUACCAAUGUGAGCUCACAAGCAAGACGAGCCACCAGCUGCCCACGGAGGGCUUUGCGCUGGCGUCCAGCGACUACUCCUUCAUGCUGAGCAGCGUGAUGUCGCUGGCGUGCGGCGCCAGCGUCGUGUACGCACGGCACGCCGACACGAGGCGCGUCGCCUCCGGGCUCGACUGGCUCGCUCGGCAGGCAGGGGUCACGUGGCCGGGCGUGGUGCUGGACGCGGAGCGGCUUCUCGUGGACCUGUAUCUGCACGCCGGCCUAGAUGCGCCCUCCUUCACCUCCGCCCUCGACAGCCUGGGGGCGGGCACCUGGGACUACGACCAGCGCGCGAGGUGCGCCUUCCACUGGGACCACGACGUGCGGGUGUGCUCCCUGCGCUCCGCCCGCUGCCUCUGCUUCUGCCUCUGCGACUGCCUGUGCCCGGCGCUGGGUGUCACCGUCACGGAGGCCCACGUCCCCUCGCUGGGGCCGCCGGCGGAGUACGGAGCCGGAGCCGGCGGCGGCGUCACCUGGCAGCGCAGGGAGGCGGUGAGCGCGGUGAGAGCGGCGUCGUCCACGGUGGAACUCUCCCCGGUGGAGGGAACCCGCGGCCUGCACCGCCCGCGCCCGGCCACCCUAGCGGACCGCCACCACCCCAGCUGGGACUCCAGCUUCCCCCCGCUGGGCCGGGCAGAGCCCCCAGGCGAGGCGGGGGGUUGGGCCCGCGGUCCUCCGACUGCGGCGGCGGCGGCGGCGGCGGUGGAUCGACGGCAGCGGCGGCAGCGGUGGCAGCCGACGCCGGUCUCAUCGGUGAUCGGAGUCUUGAAGACGCCGGUAUCAUCGGUGAUCAGAGUCUUCAAGACGCCGGUCUCAUCGGUGAUCGGAGUCUUCAAGACGCCGGUCUCAUCGGGAUCGGAGUCUUGA